AUGUCCCUGUGGGACGUUCUUGCAUGGCACCGCCCUAAGGUCACUGGUGCCAUGCUGGGCAGCACACUUCUUUUCAUUAUGUUCUUUUGUAUGAUGGAAUAUACGGUAGUAACAUUUGCCUGCCGCGUUCUCCAGCUGCUCCUUGCUGCUGGUCUGGUGGCCAACGUCACGAAGCGCUGCACUCUCACGUCGGACGACAUCCAGCGGGCGGUGGACUCUCUCGCCCCACGGGUGGCGGAUGCACUCGAGAAGCUGCACGAACUCGUCUUGUGGCGCGACACACGCGCCUCGGCGGCUGUUGCGGUGGCGAGUGUUGUGGCCGCUGCUCUCGGGAACUUGAUGUCUGAUGUAACUCUGGCGGUGUGUGCUGUCGUGCUGGCCUUCACUCUCCCUGCGGUGUACGAGCGGAAGAAGGACACCAUCGACGCCGUGAUUGCACGGGCGCAGGAGCACCUUGAGAAGUACAUUGGAAAGAUCAAGACCUCUGUGGAUGAGGUCGCCAAGAAGAGCGAGUAA